AUGCUACAAACACAAGGCACUUGAUCUUCAUUCCCGAAGUCAACUAUUCGUCGUCUUAUUCACCAAUAUACGGGUGUAAAUGUAGGUCAGAACGUUGUUAUUGCCGUUGCUGGGCUUGCUAAGGUAUUUGCAUGUGAGUUGGUGGAAGAGGCACUGGAUAUUCAGGAAAAAAUGCGAGAGUCAGGUGAACCUCUUAAACCGAACCACCUUCGACUGGCAUAUUACUCGUUGGAGCGACAAGGGAAGAUAUUUCCGCAAAAUAGUCAGCGAAGGAAUCCUUUCCUCUGA